CAACAACUCUAUUAUACAAACAGACUACGUCGUUCUCUUCCACUCAUCUGAAAACAAAAUCCAAUUCUCUCUCUCUCCCUCCAGAUUCAAACGAUCCGAUCCAAAACUUUGAGAUCCGAGAAGAUGUCUACGUUCAGCGGCGAUGAAACUGCUCCGUUCUUCGGCUUCCUUGGCGCCGCCGCCGCUCUCGUCUUCUCCUGUAUGGGAGCUGCUUAUGGAACAGCAAAGAGUGGUGUUGGUGUGGCUUCAAUGGGAGUGAUGAGACCUGAGUUGGUUAUGAAGUCUAUUGUCCCUGUGGUUAUGGCUGGUGUUUUGGGUAUUUAUGGACUUAUUAUUGCUGUUAUCAUUAGUACCGGCAUCAAUCCUAAGGCUAAGUCUUACUACCUAUUUGACGGAUACGCUCACCUUUCGUCUGGUCUUGCUUGUGGUCUUGCUGGACUCUCAGCUGGUAUGGCUAUUGGAAUUGUUGGUGAUGCGGGUGUUAGGGCAAAUGCUCAGCAGCCUAAGCUAUUUGUUGGGAUGAUUCUUAUCCUUAUCUUUGCGGAAGCGCUCGCUCUAUACGGCCUAAUUGUAGGCAUCAUUUUAUCUUCUCGAGCUGGUCAGUCCAGAGCAGAAUGAGAGCACAAACAAAUGUUAAAAUUUCCAGGUACUUCCUUAUCGAUCAACUUAUAAGUGCGGUAUGUAGUAUCGGGAGCCGAUAUUUUGUGGAUUCUUGGUUUGGGAAGCAGAUGUUGCCACCUCGCUUUCCUUGGUUGGUGGUUACUUGAGUGUAGGAUGUUAUUUGGUUGGUACGGUAAUAAAAAAAAGAGCUUGGCAUUUGUUUUGUAUUCUUGUAUUGUCUGCAUCUGUCUUGAUGAACUUGAUAAUAUUUUGUUUGUAAAGAAGUUUGCUUCUGAUACCAUCUUUGAAUGUUAUGAGAUUAAUGCUAGCUUUUCUACUGAACAAAACAUUAUAUUUUCGGAGGGUGUUAAGCAAAGUAAUGAAAAUAUUAAUCGUUCCUAGGGUUCCUCCUAAGCCAAUUAUCUCCGAAAUCCUUUACUGCAGCUAGAUCUUCUUAUGGAAUCUAAUCGUUCUUGUUUUUAUAGCAUCGCAUCGAAUCUUCUUCGUCUUGGAAUGGAAUCCUUUCUUGUUUUCGUCUGUUUGGUGAGAUUUGCUAUCGAUUGUAACUCGUGUAUUGUGUUGUACAAGUAAUUCAUCGCUGGCGUUUAGUUAAUCGAAUCUCAUAUCUAACUAUGUUCUAACCUUGAUUGGGAGAGUUGCUUGCCUGAAACAACAGAAGAUCUUAGUCAAUUCAUUUCUUUCUUAAGCACUUAGCUUGGAAGGCAGCUUAGUCGGAUCCAAGUUAGGGUAAAGGCAGUUCCACUCCAAUUCAAAAUGGAGGGAGGACUUGAAGUAGUCCUAGAUUACCACUUCAACAACAUGAUGAGUAUCCUCCAAUUAUGGGAAUCUGAUACCUUCUUAUCUCUCUUACCCCAUAAUGAAUCCGAAUCAAAGGAACCCCACAACACUUUUGGAAAGAAGAAACCGUUUCAAGUAUCUAACAAACGUUAAAGCCAUGGUUAGAGGAAACGUGUAUGAAAUGGUUUCACUUUUCUACUUAAAAACAAUGAAGACAAAGAGUGUCGUAUAUCAAA